CCCUCAGAGCUUUACCGAUUAUGUGCCAUCCACUUCCAAACCUCCUAACCCCAAAAUCACCCACACCAAUCCCUUUAUUCUUUCCACAUAUUUCUUCCACAAUAUAUUGUUCCUUCACCUUUAAUCUUUCCCAUCCCUUCCUGUCAAUUAUUCACUCACCUAUUCAUAUGUUUUCCCGGAUUAUUCGCCUUUUACAUUUAUUUGUGUUUAUCAAUCCACCCACCCUUCCUAUUAACUAUUGUAACGCCUUAUUUGACUACAUAUAG